AGCUGCAUCCUGUGGCCCUAUAACACUCUUCUCCGAAAGGACCUGCCAGAGACUGGAAGUGUUGACUGCUGCAAGGACCAAGGUGGGAUAGUAACAUCUUUUUGAGGGAAGAAUUGGCUUCCUUUCUUGAAAGUGGUGAAGGUACAGCAUAUAGCUGCAUGGAAGGAACAGUAAUUGGAUGGCUACCUUCUACAUUUUGUAUUAGGAAACAAAGUCCAUUGUAAGAGUCCAUGUUGAUCUUGGAAAUACAAGGAUUGAGAAAAGCUAAAUUUCCACAAAGAACAAGAACUUGACCAUCUCCUUUUUGAUCUGAAGACUAGGGGACAAUGGAUAUCAUAGAGACAGCGAAACUUGAAGAACAUUUGGAAAAUCAACCCAGUGAUCCUACGAACACUUACGCAAGACCCGCUGAACCUGUUGAAGAAGAAAACAAAAAUGGCAAUGGCAAACCCAAGAGCUUAUCCAGUGGGCUGCGAAAAGGCACCAAAAAGUACCCGGACUAUAUCCAAAUUGCUAUGCCCACUGAAUCAAGGAACAAAUUUCCACUAGAGUGGUGGAAAACGGGCAUUGCCUUCAUAUAUGCAGUUUUCAACCUCGUCUUGACAACUGUCAUGAUCACAGUUGUACAUGAGAGGGUCCCUCCCAAGGAGCUUAGCCCUCCACUCCCAGACAAGUUUUUUGAUUACAUUGAUAGGGUGAAAUGGGCAUUUUCUGUAUCAGAAAUAAAUGGGAUUAUAUUAGUUGGAUUAUGGAUCACCCAGUGGCUGUUUCUGAGAUACAAGUCAAUAGUGGGACGCAGAUUCUGUUUUAUUAUUGGAACUUUAUACCUGUAUCGCUGCAUUACAAUGUAUGUUACUACUCUACCUGUGCCUGGAAUGCAUUUCCAGUGUGCUCCAAAGCUCAAUGGAGACUCUCAGGCAAAAGUUCAACGGAUUCUACGAUUGAUUUCUGGUGGUGGAUUGUCCAUCACUGGAUCACAUAUCUUAUGUGGAGACUUCCUCUUCAGUGGUCACACGGUUACGCUGACACUGACUUAUUUGUUCAUCAAAGAAUAUUCGCCUCGUCACUUCUGGUGGUAUCAUUUAAUCUGCUGGCUGCUGAGUGCUGCCGGGAUCAUCUGCAUUCUUGUAGCACAUGAACACUACACUAUCGAUGUGAUCAUUGCUUAUUAUAUCACAACACGACUGUUUUGGUGGUACCAUUCAAUGGCCAAUGAAAAGAACUUGAAAGUCUCUUCACAGACUAAUUUCUUAUCUCGAGCAUGGUGGUUCCCCAUCUUUUAUUUUUUUGAGAAAAAUGUACAAGGCUCAAUUCCUUGCUGCUUCUCCUGGCCGCUGUCUUGGCCUCCUGGCUGCUUCAAAUCAUCAUGCAAAAAGUAUUCACGGGUUCAGAAGAUUGGUGAAGACAAUGAGAAAUCGACCUGAGGAGCAAAACGAAGGCAUCAGCUUUUACACCAAAAGAGUUAACGCUGUAACCAAAGGUAUAGUUUUGUUUUUUAUUUUAGGAGAACUGACUGGUAAAUGAAGAAAUGGACCAAAUUUUGUGUAAAUGAUUAGAAAGGUGAACAAAGUAUUACCCUUUGACUGGUUUUCUUCUUCAUCCUGAGAAAGAUACAUUCUCCUGCAGCUCUUCAUUCAUUGGUGACAAGCCCCCACCCCGGGACUUUACUAAUGAGCUUGUUAAAGAGGUGCCAAAGAACAUAUUCCUCCUUUCUCUAUUCUUUCUCCACCAAAACCCUCCAUUUCAGAAUUUUUUCAGGAUAUUUUUCAUCCCAAGGUCAGAAGAAUGUGUUAAUAUUUUAAAUAAAAUAUCUGGACAUCUACA